AUGGCACCUGGCUGCAAGAUUGGGCUGUCCAUCCUCAACAGUGACCUGGCCAGUUUAGGGGCUGAGUGCCUCCGAAUGCUGGACUCUGGGGCCAAUUAUCUGCACCUGGAUGUAAUGGACGGGCAUUUUGUUCCCAACAUCACCUUUGGUCACCCUGUGGUAAAAAGCCUCCAAAAGCAGCUAGGCCAGGACCCUUUCUUUGACAUGCACAUGAUGGUGUUGAGGCCGGAACAGUGGGUAAAGCCAAUGGCUGUAGCAGGAGCUAACCAAUAUACCUUUCAUCUCGAGGCUACCAAGAACCCAGGGGCUUUGAUUAAAGACAUUUGGGAGAAUGGGAUGAAGGUUGACCAUGCCAUCAAACCAGGAACUACAGUUGAGUAUUUGGCACCAUGGGCUAAUCAGAUAGAUGUGGCCUUGGUUAUGACCGUGGAACCUGGGUUUGGAGGGCAAAAAUUCAUGGAAGAUAUGAUGCCAAAGGUUCACUGGUUAAGGACUCAGUUCCCAUCUUUGGAAAUAGAGGUCGAUGGCGGAGUAGGUCCUGACACUAUCCAUAAGUGUGCAGAGGCAGGAGCUAACAUGAUUGUGUCUGGCAGUGCCAUUAUGAGGAGUGAAGACCCCAGAUCUGUGAUCAACCUGUUAAGAAAUGUUUGCUCAGAACCUGCUCAGAAACGUUCUCUUGAUGGAUGA